CAGGUUAAGCGUCCAAUGAACGCCUUCAUGGUCUGGUCGCGCGUGGAACGCCGAAAGAUCUCCCAAGCAAACCCGACCAUGCACAACUCGGACAUCAGCAAGAGGCUGGGCAGCGAGUGGAAAGCCAUGCCCGAAACUCAAAAGAAACACUACAUUGAGGAGGCUAAGAGGUUGAGAUCCGUGCACAUGACGGAACACCCGGGCUACAAAUACAAGCCAAGAAGGAGG